UGGGUGGUUUAGUGGCCGGACUUGGCUGGUCGGCGGUGUGGCGGCAGCUUUCAUUUGGCAGCUAGGCACAAUCACUAGCUUUUUUCUGGAGCUUGCAAGGUGCUAUUCCGGAUUUUACUAACUCAUUGCCUCUAUACACAAAUUUGAAUCACACAACAUAACAGUGUGCUUUCAUCUCUCUUCAUCUUCUGCUCCCCCAGUCCAAAAGAACCACGCUCACUGCUCUUUAAUGGAGCAUCAGUUGCUUCACACAUGCCUGCAAUCUCUCAAUGACAACAAUAAUCCUCUCUCUCUACAAGCUCUAGCUUCUCUUCGCUCUCUAAUAAUCAACCCCAACACCUCUGAUUCCACAAUCUCUUCAAUCCUCAAAACCCUAACUCACUCUCUCCAACUCCACACCAACUCACUCACAACUCACCACCACAUCCUCAAACUCCUCACUGACCUUGCUUCACGCCGCACUCACCUCUCCUCUCAAAUCAUCAACUCAAUCCGCGAUAGCUCGCUCCUCUUUACAGAGUCAAUUCAAAUUGCCACCGAGUCACUCACUUCACUAGCUUCGAUUGCCGAUUCCGAUCACAACAAAAUCGGUGAUCAGUUAUUUAUGUCCCUGUGUUUUGCUGCCACUUCCGCUUCUGCUCGAUUACGGCUGCUCAGAAAUGGAGAGAGGUUAGGCAUAGGGAUGCACGUGCUGUUUACUGUGUUUUUAGGGUUUACGAAAGAUCCUUACCCAUAUGUGAGAAAGGCUUCUUUGGAUGGCUUGGUAGGGUUGUGCAAAAGCGGCAACACUUUUGAAGAUAUCAGUGUGAUUGAAGGUUGUUAUUGCCGUGCUGUUGAGCUUCUACAAGAUAAUGAGCAUUCAGUGCGCUCUGCUGCAAUUCGCGUGGUAAGAGAAUGGGGGCAAAUGCUUAUAGCAACAAAGGAAGAGAAUGAUAAAAUAGAUUGGUCAAAUCAAGUAUUUGUGCAGCUCUGUUCUAUGGUAAGAGAUAUGAGUGUGGAGGUCAGGUUGGAAGCUUUUAAUGCUCUUGGCAAGAUAAAGUUGGUGUCUGAGGACAUUUUAUUGCAAACUAUAUCAAAAAAAGUCCUAGCAAUCAUGAAAGAGAAGAACUCUCAUGGUCAGUGUGCAGCAGAAAGGUUUGAGAUUUUAGCAUCUAGUUAUGCUGGAGCUUUUGUGCAUGGGCUUGAGGAUGAAUUCCAUGAGGUGCGGAAAUCUGCUUGUAACUCUUUGGGCAUUCACACUAUCCUCUAUGCUGAGUUUGCUCGUCAGUCCUUAAGCUUGUUGAUGGACAUGUUGAAUGAUGAUUCAAUGGCUGUAAGGUUAGAAGCUUUAGAAACACUGCAUCACAUGGCAACCUUUGAGUGUCUGCAUGUGCAAGAGAUACACAUGCACAUGUUUCUGGGCUCUCUACUUGAUAACUGUGAUCUAAUAAGAUCAAUAGCAAGAAAAAUUUUUAGAUUGGUGAAGCUGCCGGAUUUGAAAUUAUUUAGAUCAUCUAUUCAUGGCCUCCUUCAGAACUUGGAGAGAUAUGCAAAGGAUGAAGCUGAUGUCUUCUCUGUUUUGUUUUUUAUGGGUCGAAGCCACGGGAGCUUUGCUGCUCACGUUGUCAAGGAAGUUUCUCAAGAGAUGGAGCCUAUUUUGGAGGGAAAAUUGGUCUUGGAUAGUGCAAGAGUAGCUGCGUUUCUUGUACUUGCCAUCUCAGUUCCACUCUCACAAAAUCAGAAUGGUCAAAAUAUUCCACCUAGAUUAUUUUCUUAUGCAGUAACCUUGCUAGGGAGGAUCUCUUCUGCUUUGAGAGAAGUUGUAGACCAAGAUACACUUUUUGCAUAUUUGUCUCAGUGCAGUAGAUCCUCCACUUGUGGCACAGAAGUGGAGUUGUCAUUAUUGCCAGUUGUUGAUGAGGCUGUUUUAACUCAUAGCAGAAAGGAUGUCAAUGGUCCCGUUGGUGUGCCCAUGCUACAAACUGGCAAUGAAACUUCCAAAGUUCAGCCUGUGAUUUCAUGUGAAUUAGAGGAUUUAGCUACUUCAAUUGUAGAAUGCCAGGCAGAUGAGCUUGAUGAAGUCAUGAAAUCUGUGAACCUUAUCUUUGCAAGGGCCAGAGAUGCCUGGCUUUUGGUACAAUCAAGGUGCACCAAUGUAGCAGUGAGAGCUCUGAGGGAUUGCAAGAGAGAAUUGGCAAUGUUAACCUCUGCAUCCCUUGAAUCUGCUGGUAUAUUGGCAUUUACGUUGCAAUACCUCCAGGUAAUGAAACUGUUUGCUAAGAUAUGGGAGCACAUUGUAUGGAAGAUAAGGUCCGAUGAAACAGGAGGACUGGAAUAUCUAUUUGGGAAACUAGAUGUGAGGCUCAGAGAACUGAGGUAUAGAUAUAUAGGGUUUUCCAAGGAAGAGGAGUUGCAUGUGUUGGAGCUUAUAGUUGUGGCCUGUUUGUUGAGGUUAUCCAAAGUUGAAAUCUGCUGCUCUCCGGCUACAAUGAAAAAAUUGUCUGCCAUAAUUUCACAUAUAGAGAUUCUCAAUGAUAAAGGACCCAUUGAACCAUCCAAUAUUUUAAUGGACGCUAAGAAAAUAGUGCAUGAGAUCGAGUCUUCUAAAGCUGGUAUCUCAUGCAGUCUCUUCCUGAUUACAAACUUAGUUGAUUUCUUCACCCUUAAGCUGUUUAGUUUAUGCUCGAGAGUAAGGCAUAUAAAUGCAGAACUUGAUAUUCCUGGUAAUGAUUCUGAAAAUCCUCUUCCUUUUGUCUCUGGACUACCUGUGGCUAUACCUUUGGAUAUUACUUUAUACAAUGUCAGUAGCAAGAAUAGGUUGUGGCUUACGAUAAGAAUGAGUCAGGAGUCAACUCAAUUUGUCUUCUUAGAUUUGAACCUAUUAGGAGGCUGCAAUGAAAUCAAGAAAUUUACAUUUAUGGCACCCUUUUACAGAACUCCAAAAGCUCGUUCAUUCUCAUCAUGGAUUGGUAUAGGCAUGGAAUGUGCUCUUGAGGAUUGCCACUUAGUGAAACACUGUGGAGGUCCAAAACGUGAAUUGGUUUAUCUUUGCCAGGAAAAAGAAGUUCAUUUGUGCUUGGUUCGGAGGGACUGAAUGGCUUUUUGAUAUUUCACGUGUCACAGAUCCUCAUUGCAUUUGUCCUCUAUUUGCUGGAAGCUGGGUUCAUCAGUUGAUCAUAGACCUUGUUUUUAUCUCAUAAUCAUUGUGAUGGUACGAACCUGGCCCUUGUAUAUGGGAAAAUGGUCUAGAUAUUCUUGUGAUAAGUCUGCAUGAACAAGGAUAGUGUGGAGAAGUUGCUCGUUUUCCUCCACAUCAGAUUAUCCUGAUGUCAAUUUUCCCCUCUUGGUUGAUUUGUAAAAGCUCUGACCACUGCUACAUUUUCAAAACUAUGCAUGCAAAUUUACAGAAGUGGAUGGUUUUCCCUGUGGAUCAUGCGCUGGUGCCACUGUUGGCUUGUGAAAGUUAUGUGGUGGACACUUAUGAAAGUUACGUAUUGGAUAAUUUUAAACCUGAAAUCUUUCUGUCUUUAUUGCUGUUUCCUUAAUAAGUCUGCUAGGUUGCGUUACUUGGGAUAAAGCUGCUGAAGGUCUUUUCAUGGAUGAAAGAGGCAUGCUGUAAACCCUGGAAGAUUCUGGAUAUUGCUGAUAGUACUUGUAUUCGUAAUGGUAUGCUUUCAGGCUCUCAAAAUUCUGAAUUUCUUUUUUCAAAGUUAUAUAUUCUGUCUUGUUAUAACCAUUUUGUUUUUUUUUUGAAAUUAUGCUUAUACUGUACACAUACUUUUGUAAAGAAAGGAACCAGCCAUGUACUAAUGUUGAAAGCAGUUGUUACAUUUUUAGCUCCUAAUCGCAUGUGCCUCUUAACUUGUUAAAGUUUGAAUCAUUUGACAGGUCCUUGAAAUCGGAACUCAGAGGUCGAUCAAAUACAGUAGGCUCCAGAUAGAUUUACUUUCAAGUAUCAACAAGAACAAAGAGUCCCACAAACUGAAGUUAAUUCAUUGCCUGAGAUUUACAAUUGAUUUUUAUGUUCAUCCUGUGUAUUUUCUUGAAAUUUGCUGGUUUUGAUGUUAAUACAGCAGUGACAUCUGCUAUGCUGAUGCUAAUGAACCUUCAUUGGUCGAUAUGCAUGAACAAUUGCAGUUUGUAAUGGUGGGUCUUU